AUGAUCAAAGCCUAUAGGACUGGAAUUGAGAGCAACAUAAAGAAAGGAAAUACUACCGAAUUUAGGUCUAACACAAAAUCUCUACAGCCACAGAUCGACAAAAACAAGACUAAAAUACAUAGUAAUACAAAGGAAACACAUACUAUCAUAUUAGGGUCGAACACAAAAUCCUUACGUCCACUGAUCAAAGAUUUCAAGACUGGAAUGCAGAACAACACAAAUGAAACACAUACUAAGAAAACUAUGUGCACUCCGAAAAAUAACAUAGUGUUCUUGAAGACGAGAAAAGCAGGCGGAACAACUUUACAGAAUAUUUUCUGCCGGUAUGGAGAAAGAAAUAACCUGACAUUUGUCUUGCCACACGAAGGAUGGGUUUUUCGUUAUCCAAAGGCAUUUCAAAAGGAAUUUGCCAUAAGCCCACCACCAAGCGGCUAUAAUAUAUUCUGUCAUGAAGCGGUAUUCAAUAAUGACGUCAUUACAGAUAUGAUGCCCAAUAACACAGUUUUCAUCACUAUUCUACGCGAACCAGUCGCCCAUUAUGAAAGUACGUUCACUUAUUUUGGCACCAGAAACAAGUGUGGGAUUCGCAGUAUCAGCGCAAACUCACUUGAUGAGUUCUUUAGUUCACCAUCUGAAUGUUACAAGAAAACACCAAAGAACCACCUGUUGCUGAAUCUAGGGGCCACGUACAUGUCGUUCGAUGAUGACAGGGCAAUUGAGAUGACUAUUGCACAUUUGGAAGACAAGUUUGAUCUUGUAAUGAUUAUGGAACACUUUGAGGAAUCUCUUAUUCUGUUGAAAGAUCUUCUGUGUUGGACAACAAAUGAUAUUACAUAUUUUGAGUUGAAUCGUCGAGAGACUCAAUCAGUUCACAAACUCUCAGACUCACUGACAAAUAGAAUUCGUGAAUGGAAUAAAGGGGACGUAGCGCUAUACCAACACUUUAAACAGAUAUUUUGGAAAAAGGUGAGAAAUUUCGGUGAAAAGAAAAUGAAAACUGAGAUAGAAAAUUUAAGAGAUAAAAACUUAGUGGUCAGACAACGUUGUUUACAAGAAGACGGUUCGGUUAAUGGUGGCAAGUCUUUAAAUGUCUAUGAACCGCCCGGAAUUAAAAUGAAUCAAAUGCAUUUACGACCAGAAGCAACUGAUGACGCUGACUGUCAGCGUAGAAUAUAUCCACCGAGAGUAUAUACACCUAUACUAAGAAACGCGUUGUUAAAUAAAAAAGCUUAG